AAAUAAGUGUGAGUUAGGGACUUAAUGGUGAGAAAACAUUAUUAAUGGAUCUAACCGUCACCGAAGUGAACCCAGCCAUUUCCAGCGCCUUCAUCCGAAAAAUUGAAAAGCCGCCGGAUCUGCUCUGCUUCUCCCUUCCCUGCUACCGGCUGUUGCUGGGUAUAAGCUUCGGUUUUUCCUGUGGCCCCGUGAAAGUCCCCUAAUUUUUCCCGCCGGCUCUUCCCCAUACCGCCAGCUCCAGCCUUGCUUGCUGAGCAUUUCUGGUAGUGAGACCCGACGCGUGGGAAGCCUGGGGGAGUGACGAGCUAGACGGCUAGGCACUUUUGGACUUAGGUUUUUGUAGCUAAGCCGUUAGUCACCCAUGCUUGACAUAGAAAAUUUUGUGUACAGAAUUUAGUGCUAGUCAUGAUUGUAUAUAUGAAGUGAUAAAUAUUGUACAUUCGA